GGACCAUGUCGGUCAUCUCUGAUCCUGCGAAAUGUUUCAAGGCUAAGCGCUCAGAGAACAUUCCAGCUUUUUCCCCACCAAAAAUUGUGUUCUUUGCAUGGGUUUGAAUUUAAAUUAACUUUGCUUUCCACAGAAUACGAAGCAGGUGGGUGGAUAGAUCCGAGCAAACAUUUUUCGGGGUCGCAACAUCUAGAUGUUCUCAGGCAAAGAAUUUACGACUAAUAUUAUACCAGCUAAAUCAAACGAUCAUUCAGAGUCGUUUUCAUUUUGAUUAUAUUUUUUUAUGCAAUAAGUAAGUAGCUAUUACUAAUUAGUUUAUUAAUCAUAGCAAUUUAUAAGAGUAAGUUGCUCUUCAGACGUCGCUGCCUAUAUCUCAAGCUCAUUUUCCGUACGGUUGGCAACAAUCUCCGAAUAGAAAUUUCGUGCACUCGAAUCGACUGUUUCGCGUUGAGAACGACAGUUGUUCGAAAUUACUGACUGCACGUUAAGAGAACACGUCGAGUACUAUGUCGAAUAUUUUCGUUUUCGCGCCGCAGAAUUUACUGCCAUUUAUUUUUUGUCUGAACAGAAGUAUAUUACAUAUCGCAAAAAAGAAUGAUUCGCCUGUCCAUUAUAGCCGCCCUCGAGCCGAAUGUUAGCACGGAUUAGCAUUGCAUAAAUAUAAUAACUAAUAGCCAGAUUUUACGAUCAACUACCGUUGCCUUCCAUUGAGCCCUCAUGAUCAUUUUACCGUCGUUUUCACGACUCUAAGCUGUCGUCUUCUCAAUUUGAAUUUGGGCGCGACGCGACUCGCGGUCUUCAUCCGGUUUCGAAUUAGCUGACGAAGCUUCUGCGGCAGAUAGCUGCUAGCUAAAGUACUGGUGCUGUGAGUAGUGCCUUGAAGGAGGCUGCCGCUCCGUGCGUCGUCCAUAGUUUGUUGUUCGGUCGCUAUAUUUGUGCUGCUACCUAUUCUGUCCACCGCUGCUAGCAACAAGACAAUAGCAAUCUUCUAAUUUGCAUCAGCAUUUUAUCAAAGGUUAGUAGACUACGUCAGCUGCAGUGGCAUUCAGUCUUUGACGAUCUGGAAGGCUGGCGUAGUGUGCGUGGACAAUUUUGCGCUCCUUGUGAUAUCCUAAUUAUCGAACGUCGUUUGGUCAGCGGGCUCGUUGGCCAGUGUGUCAACGCGGAUCAAUUGUCCGAUAGGAGUCGAAAGAAGAUCUUGUAAAAAAUGGCUCUUGCUGUUAAGUUCGAUUACGCAAGAUUCCACCAAAUUUCUUGAUAAAAUUGAUGAGUGCAACAACUGAUACCAUGAUCAGUAGCAGUUCAGCAGCAGAACCCACUCCUGUGGCUAUAUUAGUGUUUCUCUCGAAAGAGCACUGGUUGGUGUUUCGUGAGUCCAGCCAGCCACAGUUAGCGUGUGGCGUUAGUAUCGGACCGGGCCGUGGUGACUAGUGCUGUCCAAUGACAGCGGGACCGUUUUAUCGCUCAAAAGGGCCUCCCUGUGUGUGUAUGUAUGUGUAUGUGUGUUAUUUAAGGGAGGAAAGUGGUUCGGCACGAGUCUCGGGCCCGUCUUCUGUUUUAAACGAACACGUCGGAAACCAGAUGCGAAGCGGCCGUGCUUGGAACAUGCUGCGGUUUGCUAUUUUGGCGGUCGAACAACACCAACAACGAUGAUGACGACAUCGAGACUCGUGUCGCCCAUUAGUUCGAGAUUAAACCAUCGAGUCUAGCCGAUAUUAAUAGACUGUGGUCAACGGCGCACGUAGCGUUUGCAGGAAAAAGCGGUAGUUCACAUAAACCAUCUCGACCAGAUAGUAGUAGACAGUGGAGUGGCAGAAAGAGUUGAACUGUUUUCCUCUGUUAAACAAAUAUCGUUGUACCAGUUGAGCCAGUCAGAUCUGAACACUGUUGUCUCUAAUGAUGUAACUGAACCAACUGCAUGCGCGGAGCUGUCAUAUCGGUAAUGAUAUGAAGCGCUGAUUAAUAACUACCUCAUCUUCCUGCGUAUACGAAAGACAAGGAGAGAGGUAUCUAUGAAAGAGACCGAAUAGCAUGUAUUAUGGAUUCGCCAGGCAGACACCACGACAAAGGCCAUCGGCCGUAUCACAACAGUCCACGUGGUCUCCAAUCAAUGAGAACACCUGAAAGAGGGCCGCGCAUUGGGUUGCAAGGCACCGGUUCUCAGAACUCGUACGACAUUUUUGGGCUUCAUGGGGGCGGAUCCCGACCUGUUUCAGGGCCCUAUUCGCCCCAUACGCGGCAUCAACCAUCACAGGGACCGCAUGGUUCAAUCGGACCGGUGGACCAUAGCCCGGGUCCAAGCAAAAGGUCAAUUCGGCCUCCACCUCAGCGCGAUAGUUUUCGUGAUCACCAACACCGCACUCGAGAUGAGACUGACGCCCUCCUUAACGAACAUCGGAUUGUGAAUCUCGAUCGACCCUCGCCAAUGUUUCCCAAUGCCAAAUGGUUUUGCAGGCUGUGCCAUCAGCACUUCAAUCAGGUCAAUACGGGAGUGGAGCACACUUCAACCAGCAUCCAUAAGAAGAAAAAAGCCGCUCUGGAUCUUCGCAAAGUCGUCUUGGCUCUCCCGCGCAAACCUGAACCCCGGCACGCGACUGCUCUUGAUACGGAACUUCGACGGGUUUUCGGCAAAUAUAGAAUGACGGCAGAGAACCUGGACAAGCGAAGAGAGCUAGUUGCCGAGCUUGAUAAGUACUUAACAGAAAGCAUGCAAAACUCGCGAUUACAGAAUAUCGUCGACAAACGGUGGCUAAAACUCAAACUGAAUCUGCAAGGCAGCUCACUGAAUGGUAUGGGCUUAGCAACGUCGGACGUGAAUGUUGAUCUCCACUUACCCAAGGCGGCACCCACAGAUGUUCAAGCAAAAGUGUUUUUCGAAAUCCUACAUUUACUUGAGCGAUGGUCGAGCUUGCAGAAGGUGGAACCACACUUUAAUCAAAAAGUACCUAAGAUUAAGGGUGUACAUUGCGCCACAAACUUGGCCCUCGAACUAGGUUUGGGAGGAACGCCGGCUCUAAAAACUAAUCGGCUUCUUUCCGAUUACGCGUCGUUAGAUGAGCGAGUCCUACCGUUGGCAGUGUGCCUGCGAUAUUGGGCAAGCAAAUGUCGGCUCGACGAUCCCAUGUUUGGAACAUUGCCUCCACACUCAUUCCCGAUUAUGACGAUCUAUUACUUACAGCAGUGUUCCCCACCGGUUCUACCCUGUAUACACGACGCACUUGUAACAGCAUCCGCAGCAGCAGCGGCCGUCUCAAAGGCUGCAACAGCGGCUGCUGUUACAGCCAACAACAACAGCAGCAGCAGCAACAGCAACAGCAAUAACAACAGCAGCAGUAACAGCAAUAGCAACAACACGUCUUCCACCACAAGCACACAAAAUCCCGUUCCGAUACCUAGCGUCCCCGUAUUCACCGAAGCCGAUGGUAGCGGGGGCGUCUCGAGCGAUCAGGGCGAAGAGGACGAAAACGACUAUGUAACGCCUACGAAAUUAGCCGAUUGGAAAUCGGAGAACACUGCCAGUUUAGCCGAAUUGUGGGUCGGCAUGCUUCGCUUCUAUUCGGCAGAAUUCAAAAUGAGAAAAGUGUGCGUUUCGCUUCUUACCCGAAAGAAAGUUCUGCUUACAGCGCGACGCUGGCCCUCGCGCUAUAUUGGCAUCGAGGACCCGUUUUGUAGAAAGAAGUCGUUAUCGCGCAGCAUGAUCAACGACCAGAUUAUGACGUACUUCCUUAUGUGCCUUCGCUCAUCCGCCCUAUACUUUAAUGUUCCUCGAACAAGCAGUCUGGCAACUGUUUACGACCCCGUGUCGACGUUGAAUAUUGGAAUAGUUGAGGACCCCGACGGUGAUGACAUUGAGGAUGGUCUCGCAGCUGACGAGGAGGCUGACGAAGAUGAUGAUGACCAAGAAAAGGACAACGCAGGGCAGGAGUCAGCAGCCUCUACCAGCGGGUCCGGUGCCGCGACUGUCGAUGUUGAAGAUAAGGAUAGCAAAGAGGGGGCUCCUCUCGAGAACCUCGCCGGCUGGGACCAACAACUACCACAGUCCAUUAUCGAAAGCAUCGCUAACUGCGAUCGUCUGAAUUAUUGUAUGGAGAGCGUUAACACUCUCACUGGCGGCAUGACGUUACCCAAAGCUUGUAUAGUAUGUCGACAACCUGGCCAUCGUGGCGACACAUGCACGGAAACACAAUUGCCCCGUCCAAUGAACGCCUCACCAAAGGCAUUCGAGGACGCCGAUGGCUUACACACGGCUUUGUGCAAAUAUAUACAUGUAAAUUUCCGGCCGGCGGUAUCCGAACUCGAGCUUGAGAAACGGGUUGAAACGGUGAAAGCGAUCGAAGAGUUUAUCCAGAAAACCAUACCUGAAUCCUAUUUAACGUUAUUUGGCUCUUCGCGAAACGGUUUUUCGCUCGAGAAAGCUGAUCUCGAUAUCUGUCUAAAGUAUCGCGGUAAGGAAGGUAUUGACGAACAAAUGGACGUAAGAGAUAUCAUAUUUCGGGUUGCUACGAUUUUGGACAAUCAUCCACAAAUCAGCGAUGUGCAACCAAUCGCAUCGGCGAAGGUGCCGAUAGUCAAAUUUCAUCACGACGCUUUUGGCGUCGAUGGCGACAUCUCUCUGUACAAUGUACUGGCCGAACAUAACACUGCCAUGCUGCAUGCUUAUAGCUGCAUCGAUGAACGGGUAGUACCGUUAGGAGCGGCCUUGAAGCAGUUGGUUAAGCUGUGUGACAUGGGAGACGCGUCACGAGGCAGCUUGAGCAGUUAUGCCUAUGUCAUCAUGUUGAUUCAUUAUCUCCAGCAAGAGGGCAUUGUGCCCGUGUUGCAGAAACUCCCACCAAUCGGCCACCCAAAGGGUAAACCGCUUCCGACUCGAAUGGUCGAUGGGUGGAAUGCGUACUAUUUUGACGACAUGGAACGACUCGAUGAGGUUUGGCCUUCACGCGGCCAGAACAAGAAGGCAAUUGGACAGCUCUGGUUGGGCCUGAUAGAUUACUACUCGACUAAGUUCAAAUUUGAUUUAAACGUUGUCUGCAUCCGUCAGAUGGAGCCACUAAGUCGACUGGAAAAAAUGUGGACGAGUAAAGAAAUUAACAUUGAGGAUCCUUUUGAGCUCGAUCAUAAUCUCGGAACCGGCGUCUCUAGCAAAAUGUCCAAAUAUAUCCAGUCAGCAUUGAUUACAUCGCGCAACUGGUUCCUCACUUCACCCGGUCGGCCACUUUCGACGACUGAAGGAGAUCUUGUGGAUCUUUAUCGUCACUUCAUGAAUCCCCGUGAGCUGACAGUUGGUAGACCUCCAAAAGAUCGCGGUUGCAAACGUUGCGGCAAGAUCGGUCACUGGAUUAAGGAUUGCCCAAUUAAAGCCAAUGGCGAAUCAAAUGGCGAAAGAAGACCAGACCGGCGGAUGUGUCAUCACUGCGGCGAGAUCGGCCAUCUCAUUAAAGACUGCGGAAAGCGGUUGCAGCAAAUCCGCCAACAGCGAAACGCUAUCCUCCCGCCGCUAUCGAUGCGAAAUCAACACGACAUGCCAAGAUAUAGCGUCCCUCGCAGCGUCGAUAUCCGUAAUGAGGAGAGGCACAUGCACAGGGAAAGUGGAUCACCUGAGAGGUUAGCACCUGGCCGCCGCCAUCAUUAUCACCAGCAGCAGGCGCCGCCAACGCCGUACGCACACGAUAGUGCCAUUACAGCAGUCGCAGCAGCAGCUGGAGUUACCAGGAUAUCACCACGGUGUCUGACGACGACCACCACGGUCGAUGGACAAGGAUUCGACACAGUAAGCUCACCGGCCAGGCCACCGUCCUUGCUAUCAGCAUUAUCAUCAACAACAUCCACGACGUCUGUGAUGUCAGGGAUUGUGAGUGACGGGCUAUCAGUCGGCAGCCGAAGCGGAGACGAAGAGUACGUUCCGGACGAGAGUAUGCGUCGACUGCUACAUAAUCUCGAGUUAUCCUUCCAGGCCGUAUCACAGGCACAAAAAGCAAGCUCACAAAAGGACUCAGGGUAUAUGCCAGGAUUGUUUGGCGUUUCUAGGAGUCCGACGAUAGAGUCAACUUGCCUUGGAGGCAGUCUUGGCAGUGGGCUUCUGUCUCCGUACGGUUCUCUGCCAUAUCACAGUGUCGACUCGAACAUGGGAAACAGUUCGUAUGCAAUGAUGCAGCGGCAAACCCCUGGAUACGGAACGCAUAUUCAGGGAGGGGGCUCUACACAGUCGCAACAUCAACAACACAGCCAUGCACAGCCCCAGUCAUAUCAACAGCAUCAGCCAAACUCCUUAUACGAUUUCUUCCAUAAUCAAUCGUCGGCGAUGCCACAGCAAACGGUGGGUCCAGCAACGCACUCAAUCUCGUCAGUACCAUCGCCGCAUUCAAUGUACGAGAAUGUGCCGCCGCAAAAUGCUUCACCAUCGCAUCAUUAUACGCAACAGCAGGAGCAAAAGCAGCCACAACUGCAGCAGCAGCAAAAUCGCUAUCCGACAUCGCCGCCAGGAAUUGAUCAACGAUGGGGCGGAUAUUAUAUGGGUAUGGCCGGCGAUAGCGUUUGGUCCCCGCCUGUCUGCGGACCACCGACGCCGUCCACUCAUCACGUGACUUCCCCGCCGCCAGGCUUCGUCAACGGAAGGGAUACACCGCAUUUCGAAGACGUACUCAACCAACAGCAGCAAUACUUGGCCCACCUGAAUCUCGACCGUCCGACUGCUGCACUUUGGCCGAGCGGUCAGAGUGCUUGGGGAACCUCUGACAGCUACUACGAUGAUCACUCCUAAAUAACGGAACUAUUGAUGACAGAAAGAGUAACAUCCAUAGGGUGCUAUACAAUUAUGGGGUUGCCCAAGAUGCAUCUUUAAUCUAAUUCAAUUAUAGGUCCACCUUGGAUAGACAACUCGCAAAGAGACAGGGCAUACAUAAAGCUUCAGGCACUCAGCAACCGAAUCAUGACUAGUAUUGCCCUAGAUGAUAGGUUAUCUAAAAGUCGGGUUAGCGAAUAGUAGUAAGGUAAUAGUGGGGUGUGCAUCUUUCGUGAUUGUAUAUGAAAGAGCAAGGUGGAAUUUAUGUAGGAAAAAACUAGGGUAAACAUGGGACGAAGUGGCUGCCUAAGUGAACAGGUGGCAUUUGACGUGAGUGACAAUGGCCCAACACACAAUUUUGCCGUUGGUCGCUUUAUGGAAAAGGCAUGUGCUAGACACAAUUGAUGGUGAAAUGGGACAAUACGUUGAUUGGGUAAUGGAAACUUUUAGUCUACGUGACAGUGCCCCAUUUUAUGUCGUGGCCCUUUUAUCAGCUUUGCAAUCGUUAUCGUAUAUUUCAUUUAUUUUUGAUUCUCCUACUACGGCUUACUAAGUACAUUUCAUUCCUGACUUUACUUUGUUUUUUUUUUAAAUUUUGAGUUUGUGUAACAACGAUGCAAAUAUAACACCAGAGUGCUGCCGUAUCAUCAGCAUGCAUCAGUUAAACAAGAAAUAAAAAUUAAGCAAGAGAUGGAGAGACAAUGAUUGUGCAUAUAAACGGGACACUAAACGGCCAGCAAAUUUAAAGGAAAUAUACGUUUGAGAAAUAGAUGCGCACUUGACGAAAGAAAACCAUGUAUAUAUUUACACCAGUCAGUUCAAUAUAAUUAUUAUUAUACAGUAUUCUCUUUAAUUCGCAGCGGGUUUGGCCUCUCUAUGCUGUAUGAAGAUUUUCUUUAAUAUUUGUGUAUUUAGAAAAGUCAUGUUAUUUUUGUUCCAAUGACAGUCGUGACCGUCUUUAAGUAUGUUCGUGUAUGAUAUGUAUCCAAAUUGCAGCAUCAUUAUACCGGUUGCGCAGUGUAAAAAACAACACAAACUAAAAAAAAUUCGAGGUCUUUAACCUCUCAUUAAAAAGGUAUUCCUUUGUCGAUUUCAAGAGUACUCCUUGCACACUCGAAACGUUCUGACCUUUAUCUCCAACCGAUUGGUGGCGUUAUCAAAUCAUUCACAACUUCACUCAUUUUCAAUUGAGCAAAUGAUUGACCUGUAAAGCUUUCAUAUUACUGCGGAAUGACUAACCCAAUCAUGCAAAUGCACUGCGAGGUUGCUUACAAUUUGCCGUGGGAAACAAUCCUAGAAUUAGCUAUGUUGUUUUUUCUUGAUAUUUUGUGAGGCGUUGUACUAAAUAAUCAUUAACUUUCUCCCUCGGCUUUAGGUUAUAGCAAUAAUCGCCAAUGCACCCCUACUUAAAUUCAUUUAAUGCUGCUUUAGUUGGAAACAGACCAAGUCUAUUAAAAAGAGAUCUGACUAAAGGCCGUUGUCGGAAAAGCUGUGAUACCAUCACACUAUAGAGUCUUACUAUAAGCAACGAAAAGUCGAACUUUCAUGUUCGUUCGUUUACAGGGGCUUGAUAAAGGUAGGAGGGUUUUUGAGACUCGAAAUGAAAGUGUAGAAGGCUUUGUGCAGACGACAUUGCUUAAACGGUCUACACAGGCUUUGAAAACAAAAUCAAUAAUAAGGAGCACGUGACGGCUGAGAGACAGCGUUCGCGGAAAGCGAAUUAAUUGAGCGUUAAUAAAUAGCUCCAGGGGGCACAAAGAAAGGGUUUCUAUGGGUGGCACUAAAAUAAAAUAUAGAAGCAGAAAAAAUGCAAAGCAAGCAACAAGUCGUGUUUAUUGUUGCUGUUAUCUGUACGGACGCAAACAAGUAACAUACUCAGUAGAAUCCUGAGCAAUGGCACUGUUGUAAAUCCUUUGUGCGUAUAAUUCUACAAUGAAUUAUACGCAAAUUAUUGUCGAAAUGCACGCCAAACGUAGGGACUAAAUGCAUAGAGCAUUAUUAACAGCUAUAUGAAAAAAAGACAUUAGAUAAAUAGAUAAAUCAUGUUUUCAUUUAGACAUACGUGUGGUAGGACGGUUGUUGAUCUAAAAAAAAUAUUUGUAACGCCAUCCUGUUUGAAUAGAAGAGUGCAUGAUUAAAAGAACAAAGAUGCUUUACUAUUGAAGCAA